AUGGGACGCCGGAGGACCCAGCAGGCAUGCGCGACCAUCCCGAGCAUGCUCAGUAGCGCGCGCGGCGCCCCGGAGCUUCACCGACCCGCUGCUGACGCGGAGGUCUCCGCGGAUGCCGCGGGAGCGACAGGAAGUGAAGCGGCCUGUCCCGGUGACCGCGGAGGCAGAAACAGGGGCGGAAGGGACCCUGCGGCGACGUCGUCGUCGACAGGGGUGACGGAGGGGGCUGAGCACCUGGGGGACUCGCCGGCUCGGAAGCCGGAUCCCGACCCGGGCAGGAUGGAUUAUCAUCAGCCGGGGACUGGCCGCUACCAGGUGCUUCACAAUGAAGAGGAUAAUUCAGAAUCACCCGCUGUAGAGCAACCAUCAACUUCCAACCCGACACCACAGACCAUGCGGACUGUUCCUGCAGCACUAGUACUCGAAACUGACUCUUCGCCCCCACCUUAUAGUAGUAUUACUGUGGAAGUACCUACAACUUCAGAUACAGAAGUUUACAGUGAAUUUUAUCCUGUGCCACCUCCCUACAGUGUUGCUACCUCUCUUCCUACCUAUGAUGAAGCUGAGAAAGCAAAAGCUGCUGCAAUGGCAGCUGCAGCAGCAGAAACAUCUCAAAGAAUUCAGGAGGAAGAGUGUCCACCAAGAGAUGACUUUAGUGAUGCAGACCAGCUCAGAGUGGGCAAUGAUGGGAUUUUCAUGCUGGCAUUUUUCAUGGCAUUUAUUUUCAACUGGCUUGGAUUUUGUUUAUCCUUCUGUAUCACUAAUACCAUAGCUGGAAGGUAUGGUGCCAUUUGUGGAUUUGGCCUUUCAUUGAUCAAAUGGAUCCUCAUCGUCAGGUUUUCUGAUUAUUUUACUGGAUAUUUCAAUGGACAAUAUUGGCUUUGGUGGAUAUUUCUUGUCCUUGGCCUGCUCCUUUUCUUCAGAGGAUUUGUUAAUUACCUAAAGGUCAGAAACAUGUCUGAAAGUAUGGCAGCUGCUCAUAGAACAAGAUAUUUCUUCUUAUUGUAGAGACUACAUCAACCAGACAUUCCUUUCUUACACCAAUGUGAAAUUUCCAGAUCAUCUUGUAAACCUACAACUUUAAUAGGAUAGAAGACUACUAAUAACAGAAGACAAAUUAGUUAAGAAAAGAUAGAGCUUCAAAAUUGAAUGGCAGAGUGGUUUAUGACUAAAAACCAUUUCUGUUCAUUCUCUUAAAUAUUUAUAUUUCAUUUGUUUUGUGCGUUUGCAUAUGUGUCCCUUUAAAAGAUUUGCAUAUACUUGAAAGACACCAUGAAUUUGUAGCUGUAAAGUCCAUUCACAUUUGGUUAAUCAGUGUUUGAUAUAAUUGAAAGAGUUGAGUGGUAAACAGUCUGCUAGCAUGUAAAUGCCAUUGACUCCUGACCUGACGUUUAGUAUAAUAAAAUUGAAAUUAUUAACCAUGUCAAAUGCUUUAGUUUUCUGGCUCUUAGAUUCAUCUGGUAACUACACAUGGAAUAUCCUUUGUUACAAAGUUUUUUGGAAACUGCAGUGCUGAUUAUUAGAAAAGCUAUGUCAGAUUUUGGAAUAUGAUUUUACAUCAUUAUUUAGCAAAGCUCUUUCUGUAAAUAACCAUGCGUAAAUUACUUUCUGCAUUGUUUUCUUAGAAAUUGUGUCUAGAUAUCUUCACAUUAAUUUUAAAAUAAGUGAACUUAAUAUAUAGAGAACAUUUGGGUGUUAAAGAUGGUUUGUUUUAGGACAAAUUUUAAGAAAAGGUGUGUAUUUCACAUAUCCUUUAUAAGAAAAAAAUUUUUUAAGGGACAUGCCAGUUUUCGGGAUCCUCAAAUGAGAAGCUUGGCUUUUAGCAUUGCCCACCUUAGAGAGUCUUACAGGAAACGGUUGUAUUACAUAUUAUAUUUAUUUCAUUGAAGACAUUUUUAAAAAUUACUUUUUUGAAUAAGAUUCUCAUUUGCAUUUGUCUUUUAAAAAGCCAAUAAAAGUAUCUUUUCUGUAUCAUUGUAAUAAUUUUUAGAUAUUUAGUUUGUUAAAUUUAGUGAAUAAAAACUUGUGCUAUUAUCUCUAGCUUUGUGAUUAUAGGAUUAACUUGUAAAAAUUAUAUCCUGAUAUGCAAAAUAUGUUUUCAAAUUAUGGAAAUGUGUCUGUGGAGUGUAGGGGUCUGGGGUGUGUUGUGUGUUGUGAGAAUGUGUGUGUCGCCAUUGGCACAACUGGAAUCUACAUUCAUAAGCAAAUCAUUUUGUGUCUCAUUUAUUUUUCUUUUCCGUUAUGUCUUUGCUUUUGAGUGCCACCAUUAAAAACACUCAGAAUUAUCUCGUCUUUUAAACUUAAAAAUCAUUUAAUACAGUUAAAUAGACCAUAUAAAAUUGAUUGUUUAUUAUUAGACACUGACUACUACUAAAAGAUAACACCUAAAACUAUUCAGGGACAUUUUUCCAUUUCUGGAAAAAAAUUUAUUAUGCUUUAUAACUUCUUUUGUAUUUAUCUGUAUUUUCUGAUUUACUUCAUUGUCUUUGAUAAUAAAACAUACAUUUUUGUUUUUGCUAAUUGUGCCUUCUAUUUUUUGUUUGCCCUCAUUCAGUCUCCUUCCCUGCCUAGAGUUUUACUGUUGAUUUAAAAAGUACCUGUGUCACACCCCGUGGAGUAGAACAACAGCAUGGAGUACAGAAAACAAUAAAACAAUAAAUAAUGUAAUUGCCUGAUUUGGAAAUUAAUUAAAAUUAGAAUGUACUUAUAAGAAAUGUAAACUCAUACUAGAUCCCUUCUCUCUUUCAUAUUAAUUUCCUAGAGACCUAUACUAUGUUCUUUUAAUAAUUUUUAACUGAGUUAAGCUAUGAUGCAUGCUGAUUUUAAAUGAUUAGAUCAGAUGUUAAAUAUCAGUUUAUUAAAAUUACAUUUUAAUUUUUGUGUUACUUAUACUUGGUUUCUGAAUAUGGAUGUGUCACUUUUGAUCCAACAUCAAAAUUUCACUUUUUGUUUUUAUUUUUGUUUCUCCAAAUCUGUAAGAUUCAAGUGUCUUUGUUACCUAAUUCUCAAUAAUUGGUAACAAUUCAAUGGUAGCCUUAAAUCUCAUCAUCCAAGAAGGGGAAUUGGAAUAUUAUUUUUAAAAACUUAACACCAUCUUUCAUGAAACCCUGCUUUUUUUCUUUCCCUUCAUUCCUGUGAGCUGGGAUUGAACAGCUGCCGGUGUGUUUUGGGGACACACUCACCUUUGCACUCUGCCUUAAAGAUUGAAAAUCAAACCCUGUUAGGGUGUCUAAAUUUUUGAAUGAAUGUGAACUUGGGCUUGGAAGUUACUGAAAAAGAAGUUUAUUAAAUUAUUUCUAUUAUAUUUGAAUAAGCUAGUUAUGGCCAGAUAAUCCAUUUUUAUGUGUUUAUAUAAGCUGAUAUUAAGAUAAAAAUAUAUUUUCUGUGUUAAAGAUAGACUUUAGAAAUUUAAAAGUAAAGACAAAUGUAUUAUAUUCAGUAAAAAUGAAAAUCUUUGUUUACUAGAAAAAAAUACUAAUCUAGCCCCUUUUUUGAGUCUAUAAGAUGUAUGCCAUGCCUUUGAGAUUGUUUGUGAUUUUCAACCCGUUAAAACAACAGUCACUCAUAUUUCCAGUGAAACCUCUCCUAACAGUAAAAGUGGAGUCCAAAAAAUCCAAUUGUAGAAAAAUACAAGGUUCCUUAAUUUUUUUCAAGUAGUCUGUAUUGCCCCCCCAAAGCACAAAAGCAAUUACUGAUAAUGCAUCUGAUACUUUAUGUAACCAGAUUGACAUGUAUCCUGAGCUUGCUCAGAACAGCCUUGGUUAUUUCACUUUCUCAGCUUAAGAGGGCAUCUUCUCACUCUCAAGUGGUCCUAAUUUGGAGGAUUAAUUAUGUGAUCGCUGUAUAUAUAGCUGUACACUGGACUGGCAAGUGGCCGCCUAAACCCCCUGCCCUUUGAGAAAAGGAACUGGAGUGCUAGGGCAGGAGCCAGCUGUUGCUGCCGCAGCCUUUCCCAGCCAAAUCAUUUGCUUGGUUUGUAGGAUGCGUGUAGUAUCUUCUUUUAAAAAUAGAAGUUGUUGUAUUUGAAUGAUUCUAGCUUAUGAUAAAUAGUAAACAAUGAGCUUUAUAUUUUUAAACUGCUGUUGUGUGUUAUUUUGUUUAUUUAAUUCUUCAAAUAGUUGUAUGGAAUAUUAGUGUAUUAUUUUUUAAAACCUCAUCUUGAUAAAGUUCAACAGUUAGAUGAUAUUGUGCCAUUUAUUAUUAUAGGAAUGUCCUUGCCCAUAUAUAAAAUAUGCUGAUGUGUUUUAUUGUUAAUAAAGUUCUAUAGAUGUGGAAAUGUGAACCUGUCGAUGCAUCCUUUUGAAAAUCAGUUUGAUUCACAUACAACGACCUUUGCCUCACUAAAAUGUUUAUAUGGCAAAUCACGUUAAGAUUUGUGAUAAAAACAACUGGCAUAGAAUUAGGUUGGAGUGUGCAACAUUAACUUGUCACAGUAUUUUAUUUUUAAAAGAUUGUAUUUAUUUUUAGAGAGGAAAAGAGGAG